AAUAACGAUCAUAAUGUUAGACAACAACAUAAUAUUAUUUUAUUGUUUGCCGCGCGAUGUAGAGAAGACAAUGUGUGUCACGUCUACUAGUUUUUUUCUGCGCCGUGGUUUGCCGACUUACUAGUUAAUGUUAGUAUUCUGAAUUUGAAUCAUUUGGUCAUUUUAAAUUUGAACAGUAAUACAGACUACAUUCGUACAUAAUUCUGGUAACAAGUUUCAGUGCAAAUUUACCAUGCAUAAGUGUAUUUUUCAUAAAAAACAACCAAAGUAUCGCCACACUUCAAUUUUCAUCCAUUUAAAAAAAAUGAAAAUACCUAGAAGGAAAAAAUGGCUAAAAAGUUUCAUGUUGGAUGAUUACCUAAUUUCUAACUGGCAUAGAAUCUGCAGAAAUCAUUUUACAAUUAGUGAUAAUAAACAAGGCUCAGCAUAUAAGCAAAUAUUAUGGCCAGAAUCUGUCCCAAAACAACAUCCUAACAACUUGUUAGAGAUAGAGAGUUCUCUUGAUUUAUGUUGGACUCGUAUUCAUGAAGGAAUUCAAAUGUAUCUUAAAGCAUUCCAACUACCAGGAGAAUCCCCUUUAAUAUAAUUUGUGUUAAAACCAUUUACAAAAUAUAAGCAUGUUAGUAAUUAUUAAUAUUUA